CCCUUUAGUUAAGUUUUUUUCUUUAAUCUAAACAUAUCCACUAAAAAAACACUUAAUUCUAAACAUUUUUUUGAAUUUUUGACAUUUUCCCGCCAGUUUUGGUAACUCGUUCACCUCGUUCACUUCACUCGUUGUGAACCUAACCUCAAAUUCUUCGAAAUUUUCCAAGUAUAUCUUUUUAAACAACAGUGUGUUUUGUAAACAAUGAAAUGGGAUUUGUCACUAUCUAGUGCGACGAUGUCGAAAAAUCACUUGCCGAGAAGUGGGGAUGAUUAAUCGGGGCCUUUAUUACGCAAUUAUCGGAAGCGAUAAGUAAAUCAAGUAAAAUCGUCAAUUCAAUAAACAAAUAAAAAGAUCUUUAGGGAAUAGGUUUUCCUUUUAAAAUCUCUGUUAUGGGGAAAUACCGGUUUUGAAAAUAUUGCAAAUCUAAACUAUAUAAUAACAUCGAUUGUAUGAAAAUUGCAUAUGAUUGUAUGAAAUGAUAUUGUGUAUGUGAUGUGUAUAUUCGCAGACAGCCGUUUGUCACGUUUGUUUUCUUUUCAGUAGCGCAAUUGUUCCGAGAGAGGAAGUACGUACGUAUUUUUCUACGUCCUACUUUGUUUCGUGUUUUAAAACUCCUCCAAAUACACACAGUUUGACGAUAGUGCACAGAUGAUUCGGCGCGAAGCGUUACUUGAUAUUUACUACGUCCCAUAUAAUAUUCAUGAUGUUUCGUGAUUAUCUUAAUUACACCGGGCAAAAAUUAUGAAUUCCUUGCGUUUGGAGGUGAGCGAUCCGGGAAGCAUUUUAUUGCUUCUGCAAGAUCUUGCUGAUCUUCCCUGCACAUUGGUGCAGCAAAAGCUGAAUAAACAUUUUCAAAACGUGACCGGAGCGAAAGUGGCAUUUUUGGCGCCGAUUUUAUUCGAAACUGAAGAAAUGGUUAUUCACGUGGUUGGAGAAAAAAUUCUGGAUCGAGAAUUGAGAUUUCCGGUGAGCUUGCAGGUGAUAAAUCAUGCUUUGCACAGAGCCGUCAAACAACGAAAAUCCAUGGCACAAAAUAUCACAGAACUUGACCAAGAGUUAUUGCAACACCUUCGUUCGGUUGUAGAUGUAGCUCCUAAUUUAUUUCUUAGCAUUCCGAUUCAACAUCCCAUCAAAGAUCAUAUUGCUUUAGUCGUGUGUCUUGUCGACUAUGAUAAUAAAGAAGAUGCCGAUCACAAUUGCACAAAAAUGGUGCAAGAGUGUUUCAGAUACUGCCUGGGAUUACUUUUAAGCACAUUGCGUUGUCAAGAGGAAGCGCGAUUAAAGAUUCAGUGUCAAAAUUUAUUGGCAGUUUCUCGAAAGCUUUUCAUGCGAUUAGGAGAUUUAUCAGACCUAUUACGAGAAAUAAUGGCCGAGGCUAGAAAGUUAACGAAUGCCGAACGUUGUUCUUUGUUUCUCUUGGAUACUGAACAACAAGACUUGGUCGCUAAGGUAUUCGAUGGAGUUGUUACUGGUGAAACAGUAAAGGAAAUGCGAAUUUCCCUGAAUCAGGGAAUUGCCGGUCAUGUCGCGACGUCAGGGAAAUUACUCAAUAUCCGAAACGCAUAUAGUCACCCUCUAUUUUAUCGAGGAAUUGACGAUGUAACUGGUUUUAAGACGAGAAAUAUUCUCUGUUUCCCUAUUCGAGAUGAGGAAAGAAUAAUAGGAGUAGCUCAACUGUGCAAUAAGAUGGAUGGUUUAUAUUUUGAUGUAUUUGACGAAGAGGUUGCGACAGCUUUUAGCAUUUACUGUGGCAUCUCAAUAAUGCACAGCAUCGUUUAUAAAAAAAUUCAAGACGCUCAAGCUAGAAAUAAGCUCAGCAAUGAACUUAUGAUGUAUCACAUGCAGGUGGAAGAUGAAGCAGUUCAGGCGCUACUAAAUUGUAGGGACGAUCAUAAUAUCAAGGACUUUGACCAAUUUCAUUUUAGUCCUCGAAAUAUACCAUAUCGACACAUGCCGUGUUACGUGCUCAAAAUGUUUAGGGACCUAGGUUUUAUUGACCAUUGGAAAAUUAAGAGAACUACCCUCGCAAGGUUUAUUCUGUACGUGAAGAAAGGAUACAGAGACGCUCCAUAUCAUAAUUGGGUGCACGCAUUUUCCGUUGCCCAUUUCGCUUAUUUAAUGAUAAAAAAUCUCGAAUUGAUUGGCGAUCUAUAUAUGUCGCAUUUACAGGCUCUUGUUUUUCUUGUCUCUUGCUUGUGCCAUGAUAUCGAUCACAGAGGAACGAAUAAUUCAUUCCAAACAAAGUGUGGAACAGUUCUCGCUAGUCUUUAUAGUUCCGAGGGAUCAGUAAUGGAGGUUCGCUAUUAUUUCGAAAAUAGGCAUCAUUUAGCUCAAUCGAUGUGCAUUCUAAAUACUGAAGGAUGCAAUAUUUUUGAGAGUCUCACGAGUGAGGAAUAUAGUGAAGCAUUAGAUCUGUUGAGAAAUAAUAUUCUCGCCACUGAUUUGGCUUCUCAUUUUCGAAAUGUUGAUAAGCAACAAAUUAUUAUCAGUAAAGGAUAUGAGAAGAAUAAUUUGGAUCAUAGAAAACAACUUCACGCAAUGUUCAUGACCUGUUGUGAUCUCAGUGACCAAACCAAAACUUGGAAAGUCUCCAAAAAAACUGCUGAGCAAAUAUACGACGAGUUCUUUUCUCAAGGAGAUUUGGAGAAAAGUAUGGGAACAGCACCUAUUGAAAUGAUGGACAGAGAACGUGCUUCGAUUCCAGACCUUCAAGUGCAAUUUAUCACGAAUCUCGUCCUUCCCUUAUUUACAAAUUUGGCAACGCUAUUUCCAUUAACUCAGCAACUUGUUAAUGUAAUAAAAGAUAAUCGAGAAGUGUGGAAAAUAGUGAAAUCCCUUUUUCAAAAGUACAGUCAGAAGGGAACAACGGGUAUGGAUAUUCUACUCGAUCCACGAUUAGAUGAAGAAAUUGACAAGACAUUUAAUUCACUCGUUGGUAAUUCAGAGGAAAAUUCAUCACAGGAAAGUUGUGCUUACCCGUCAGAUAAUGCCGAUAAUGUCGAAACAACGCCUAAAUCAAAUUAAAUAGGCUGAAAACUUUGACUCAAGGCUCCGUACUUAAGACAAUUUUUUGUGCUUUUUAGUGUUCAUUGGUAAAAA